AUGGAGCCUGAAGACCUACCGUGGCCCGGCGAGCUCGAGGAGGAGGAGGAGGAGGAGGAGACGGAAGAGGCGGAGGAGCGGGCGAACCUGGACUCUGACGAGGUAGUGAUGGUGGAGGAGGUGGAGGAAGAGGAGAGGCGGGAGCUGGAUUCGGACUUUAACUACGAGAACCAGCCUCGGGAGCGUACGGACGAAGAGGACGACGAGGAGGCCAAGGCCUGGCUGCAGGCGCACCCCGAAGGUGCUUUGCCUCCGUCGUCGCUCUCGAGGCACCGCUACUCGGAGGACGAGCGGACCGGCCCGGAGAAGGUUGUUCCAUUGACCUGUCAUGUAUGGCAACAGCCACUAUAUCAAGGCAAUAGUCGGACACAGAUUUCUGAUACUACUGUGGUCUCUGUGGAAAAAACAGCUCGGUGGAGGUCUAAGGCUGAUCAGGGAACAGAAUCUUGGCAUUAUCUGCCUCAAGAAAUGGACUCUUCCCACACCUUGGAUAUAACCCAGACCAGGUUUAAUAUGAGAGAGGAAGGGACCGAAGUGACAGACUUCACCUCUGUGGAGGAAGGUAUAUUGACCCAACCAGAAAAUCAAGUAAAGGAAGCCAAGAGAGGUCUCUUAUGUUCGCCGCUGCUAGUCAUUCAAGACAACUUUGCUUCUCCUGAUUUGCCUUUGCUGACAUGUUUGACACAGGAUCAAGAGUUUGGGUCUGAUUCCUUAUUUCAACAGAGUGAACUAGAUUUUGCACCUCUGAGGGGAAUUCCUGGUAAGUCUGAAGAUACUGAAUGGUUUUCUCGACCGUCGGAAGUUAGUGAAGCUUUAUUCCAGGCAGCCGCAGAAGUAGCUUCCGACUUAGUUAACAGUUGCAUUAGUGUAUCUCAGCAUUCGCUUAUAGCUAGUACAGCUGAGUGUCAGCGCUCUUUUUUACCUUUUGAACAAGGGACUAAAGAAGAUACUAUUUCGUCUGAUACAGUUGAUGAACUGAAAACCCCCAAAGACUUCGAUAGUUAUGAUGCUCUUUGUUCCUAUAUGGCAUGGAAGACACAAGAAGUUCAGGAGCCAGAAACCAGUUUAGCUGAUAAAGGUCAAGUUUCUGUUUCAACCUCAUCUUACACAAGUGAUGACUACGUGACUCCUGAAGGAAGUGACAGUUUUGACGCUUCUUGUUCGCAUAUGCAGUAUUGGAAACAGAAAGAAGCUUCACACCAUCCAGAAACAUAUGUGAUCAAGGGCCUGCAGGGGAAGGCUGAAUCUGACACCUCUACUCUGGAUGAUGAUACUGAAUGCUGUAACCUAGAUGAAAAUGCUAUUGGGUGCAGUACAAGAGUUGCUGAUCUACAAAGAGAGCCAACCAUAGAGUUGGAGUAUCACUCUUCAGAUCUCAGGAUGUUGAGGGUAUCUCCUGACACUGUGCAAAAGACUCUCAAACAUGUAGCAGGAGGUACUUCUAAAGGAGGCAUAGCUGAAGUUAUUCAAUCCAGCUUGAAACCAGGCAUCACUGCUACUCCUGGAGAUUCAGAUACCGGAUCUCAUUUAUUCUUGUUCCCCGAGAACUUUCCUCAGUUGUAUUUAAGGUCUCCUCAAGAGAAUGCUGUUGGUCAACAUACUGAUACCCACAACCAACAGGCAUCGGUAGAUAGUGAUAUAAGUGAAGAGACUCUAAAAGUUUCAUCUGUUGGUGAGCGAGCUGACCAGAAGACUGGGAUAUCAACAGUACCCCCUAGUUUCUACUCACAAAGAGGGAAGCCCAGUAUUUUCUACCCACAGGCCUUGCCAGACAGUCAUCUAGCUGAAGAGGCUCUAAAAGUUUCAGCUGUUCUUGGUCCUACUGUCCAGAAGAGUGGCAUACCUACAGUCUUUCCAAGUUCCUACUCCCGUGGAGAGAACCAUAAUAUCUUCUACCAACAGGCCCUGCCAGACAGUCAUCUAACUGAAGAGGCUCUAAAAGUUUUGGCUAUUCCUGGUCCUGCUGACCAGAAGACUAGCAUACCUAUAGUCCUUCCAAGCUCCUACUCACAUGGAGAGAAGCGUAAUACCUUCUACCAACAGGCCUUGCCAGGCAGUCAUCUAACUGAAGAGACUCUAAAAUAUUCAGCUGUUCCUGGUUCUGCUGACCAGAAGACUAGCAUACCUACGGUCCUUCCAAGUUCCUACUCACAUGGAGAGACGCAUGUUACUUUCCACCCUCAGGCCUUGCCACACAGUCAUCUAACUGAAGAGGCUCUAAAAGUUUCGGGUGUUCCUCAUCCUACUGACCAGAAGACUAGCAUACAUACAGUCCCUCCAAGUUCCUACUCACGUGGAGAGAAGCAUAAUAUCUUCUACCCACAGGCCUUGCCAGACAGACAUCUAACUGAAGAGGCUCUAAAAGUUUCAACUGUUCCUGGACCUGCUGACCAAAAGACUAGCAUACCUACAGUCCUUCCAAGUUCCUACUCACGUGGAGAGAAGCAUAAUAUCUUCUACCCACAGGCCUUGCCAGACAGUCAUCUAACUGAAGAAACUCUGAAGAUUUCAGCUGUUCCUGUAUCUACUGACCAGAGGACUGAGAAAACAAUAGUACCUUCUACUUCAUAUUCACGAAGAGAGAAGCACAUUAUUUUCUCCCAGCAGCAGUUGUCAGAUGGUCAUCUAACUAAACAGGUUCUGAAAGUUUCAUUUGUUCCUGGACCAGCUGAUCAAAACACUGGGAUACCUACAUUAUCUUCACAUUCCUACUCACUUGGAGAAAAGCCCAGUAUCUUUUACCAACAGGUCUUGCCAGAUAGUCAUUUAAUUGAACAGACUCAGAAAGUUGCAGCUCUUCCUGGACCAGCUGAUCAGAAGAGUAGGAUACCUGCAGUAUCCUCUACUUCUUACUCACAUAGAGAGAGGCCCCAUAUUUUCUAUCAACAGACAUUGCCAGAAAGUCAUCUAACUGAACAGGCUUUAAAAUUUUCUGCUCCUGAAUCCACUGAGCAGAAGACUGGGAUACCAACGGUAACCUCUACUUCCUCCUCACACAGAGAGAAGUCCAGUAUUUUCUACCAAGAGGAGUUGCUGGAUAGUCAUCUAACUGAACAGGCUCAGAAUGUUCCAGCUGUUCCUGGACCAGCUGACCAGGAUACUGGGAUACCAAUAGUGCCCUCUAGGCCCUACUCUCGUGGAGAGAAGCCCAGUAUUUUCUGUCAGCAGGUCUCACCAGACAGUCAUCUAUCUGAAGAGACUCUGAUUUCAGUUGCUUCUGGACCAGCUGAAAAAAAGAGUGGGUUACUAUCAGAAGCUUCUAAUUUCUGCUCACAUAGAGAGAAGCACAAUGUUUUCUACCAAGAGGAGUUGCCAGACAGUUCUCUAACUGAACAGGCUCAGAAAGUUUCACCUGUUCCUGAACCUACUGACCAGAAGACCAAAAUAUCAACAGUAACUUCUACUUCUUACUCAGAUACAGAAAAGCCCUUUAUUUUCUACCCACAGGGCUUGCCAGACAGACAUCUACCUGAAGAAGCUCUAAAAGUUACAGCUGUUUCUGAACCAGCUGACCAGAAGACUGGAAUACCAGUAGUUCCCUCUACUUCCUCCUCACAUAGAGAGAAACCCAUUAUUUUCUACCCACAGGACUUGACAGACACUCAUCUCACUGAAGAGGCUCUGAAAGCUUCAGCCAUAUCUGGAUCAGCUGACUGCAAGACUGGAAUAUCAACAAUAUCCUCUACUUCCUACUCACCUAGAGAGAAGCCCAUUAUUUUUUCCCCUCAGGAGGCUCUGAAAGUUUCAGCUAUUCCUGGACCAGCUGACCAGAAGACUGGGUUACCAUCAGAACCUAGUUCCUACUCACCUAGAGAGAAGCCCAUCAUUUUCUACCCACAGGGCUUGACAGAUGACCACGUACCUCAGGAGGCUCUGAAAGUUUCAGCUAUUCCUGGACCAGUUGACCAGAAGAUUGGGUUGCCAUCAGAACCUUCUAGUUCUUACUCACACAGAGAGAAGUCUAACAUUUUUUACCAACAGGAGUUAUCAGGCAGUCAUCUAACUGAAGAGACUCUGAAAGUUUCAGCUGUUUCUGCAACAGGUGAUCAGAAGACUGGGAUACCUUCAAGUUCCUACUCACUUGGAGGGAAGCCCAUUAUUUUCUGUCAGCAGGCCUUAUCAGAUAAGCAUCUCACUGAAGAGGCUCUGAAUGUUUCAGCUUCUCCUGAACCAGCUGACCAGGAGACUGGGAUACCAACAGUACCUUCUGUUUCUUACUCUCAUAGAGAGAAGCCCAGUAUUUUGUACCAACAGCCCUUGUCAGACAAUCAGCUGCCUAUAGAAGCUCUGAAAAUUUCAGCUGUUUCUGGGCCAGGUGAUCAGAAGACCAGAAAACCAACAAUUACCUCGGCUUCUUACUCACAUAGAGAGAAGCCCAUCAUUUAUCAGCAAGAGUUGCCAGAUCUUACUCAAGCAGCUUUAAGUGUUUUCAGGGUUCCUGGACUAGGUGACCAGAAGACUGGAAUACCAGUAGUAACCUCUACUCCUUACUCACAUAGAGAGAAGCCCAUCAUUUCUUACCAGCAGGAGUUGCCAGAGCCUAAUGAAGGUGCUUUAAAAGUUUUAGGGGCUCCUGGGUCAGCUGACCAGAAGACUGGGAUACGAUUUGGGUCCUCUGCUUCCUAUUCACAUAGAGAGAGCCCCAUCUUUUCUUAUCAGAGGGAGUUGCCAGAUAUUACUGAAGAAACUCUGAAAGUUUCAGCUGUUUCUGGACCAGCUGACCAGAAGACUGGGAUACAUAUAAUUCCCUCUAGUUCCUACUCAUACAGAGAGAAGGACAGUAUUUUUUACCAGCAGGAGUUGCCAGAUGUUACUGAAGGAGCUUUAAAAAUUUUUGCUCUUCCUGGACCUGCUGAUCAGAAGACUGAGAUACCAACAGGAUCUUCUAGCUCUUACUCACAUAAAGAGAAACUCAAGACUUCACCUGUGAUUUUACCAGAUGACCAGAAGACUGAGUUACUAACAACUCCCCUUAGUUCCUACUCACAAAGAGAAAAGCCCAAAAUUCCAGCUGUGAUUGGACCAGAUAACCAGACGACUCCGUUACUGACAGUUCUUCAUAACUCCUAUUCUCAGAGAGUGAAGCCCUUUCAACAGGAGCUGCCAGAUAGACAUCAUAGUGAGGAUAUUUUGAAAAUUUCACCUGUCUCUGAACCGACUGAUGUGAACUCUGGGAUACCAAUACCUCUUUCUAGUUCCUAUUCCCACAGAGAGAAAUCUAAUAUUUUCUACCCACAGGAAUUGCCAGACAAACAUCUAGCUGAAGAUGCACUGAAGGUUUCAACAAUUCCUGUACCAGCUGACCAGAAAAGUCUGUUACCAACAGUUCCUCCUAGUUCCUUUUCACACAGAGAGAAACCAAAUAUAUUCUGUCAACAGAAUUUUCCAGAUAGACAUAAAACGCAAGAUGCUCUGAUGUUCUCAAGGGGUGUUGGGCAAGUUGAUCAGAUUACUGGGUUAUCAACAGUUACCCCUGGUACUUAUUCACAUAGGGAGAAGCAGAAACUUGUUUCAGACCAUGUUCAAAUGCUAAUAGAUAAUUUGGAUUCUUCUAACUCCAGUGUUAUCUCAAACAGUGUACCUUUAAGUUCUCAGGCUGAUGGUAGAGUUGUAAUAAGUAAGCCAGAAUCUUCAGGUUUUGAAGAUGUUGGGUCUGAGGAAAAUCAAGAUACAAGCAGUGGUUCCAAAACUCUUAAAGAGAUUCGGACCCUUUUAAUGGAGGCAGAAAAUAUAGCACUGAAACGAUGCAAUUUUCCUGCUCCCCUGGUCCCUUUCAGAGAUGUUAGUGAUAUUUCAUUUAUACAAUCUAAGAAGGUGGUUUGCUUCAAAGAACCCCUCACAGCUGAUGAAUCUAAUGGUGAUUUGCCCCAAAGACAGCCAUUUACAGAGGAAAGCCCAAGCGACAAGUGCAUACAGAAGGAUAUUAGCACACAGACAAAUCUGAAAUGCCAGAGAGGCAUUGAGAAUUGGGAGUUUAUUAGUUCAACUACAGUUAGAAGUCCUCUACAGGAAGCAGAAAGCAAAGCCAGAGUGACAGUAGACGAAACCCUUCGGCAAUAUAGAGCAGACAAAUCUGUAAUGAGAUCUGAACCUGAAGGGUAUAGUGGAACCAUUGGGAAUAAAAUUGUUAUACCUAUGAUGACUAUCAUUAAAAGUGAUUCAAGUAGUGAUGCCAGUUCCUGCUCAUGGGACAGUAAUUCAUUGGAGUCAGUUUCUGAUGUUCUUCUAAACUUCAUUCCAUAUGCUUCACCCAAGACAAGCUUGACAGAUAGUAGAGAAGAAGAAGGUGUGUUGGAGAGUGAUGAUGCUGGUGGUAGCAGUGUAGAUUCACUGGCUGCACAUGUCAGAAACCUUCUGAAAUGUGAAUCCUCACUGAAUCAUGCUAAACAAAUACUCAGAAAUGCAGAGGAAGAGGAAUGUCGAGUACGAGCACGAGCCUGGAAUCUGAAAUUUAAUCUGGCUCAUGAAUGUGGCUACUCCAUUUCAGAAUUAAAUGAAGAUGAUAGGAGAAAAGUAGAAGAGAUCAAAGCAAAGUUGUUUGGUCAUGAGAGAACAGCUGACUUGUCCAAGGGUUUACGGAGUCCACGGGGAAUAGGAUACAAGCCAGAAGCUGUAUGUAGUCACAUUAUUAUUGAGAGCCAUGAAAAAGGAUGUUUCAGGACCCUAACUGCUGAACAACCACAAUUGGAUAGUCACCCUUGUGUUUUCAGAUCUGCUGACCCCUCAGAAAUGAUCAGAGGACAACGGAGUCCAUCAUCAUGGAGAACCAGACACAUCGACCUUUCCAAAUCACUAGACCAGAGUAACCCCCAUUUCAAAGUUUGGGAUUCCUUACAGUUACGAAGUCAUUCCCCAUUUCAAAACUUUACAACUGAUGACUUCAGAAUUAGCCAGGGUCUUCGAAUGCCAUUCCAUGAAAAGAUAGACCCUUGGCUGUCAGAAUUAGUAGAACCUGCUUGUGUGCCACCUGAAGAAAUGGAUUGUCAUUCUUCAUCACAAAUGCUGCCCCCAGAAUCCAUGAAAAAGUUUACUACUUCCAUCACUUUUUCAUCUCACCGACAUUCUAAAUGCUUUUCAGAUUCCUCUGUUCUUAAGGUUGGUGUUACUGAAGGUAGCCAGUGUACUGGAGCAUCUGUGGGGGUAUUUAAUUCUCAUUUCACUGAAGAGCAAAAUCCUCCCAGAGAUCUAGAACAGAGAACCUCAUCCCCUUCAUCAUUUAAAAUUGUUAGUCAUUCACCAGAUAAAGCUGUGACUAUUUUAGCAGAAAGUAGUAGGCAAAGCCAAAAAUUAUCUGUUGAACAUUCUCAGCAAGAAGAAAAACUCUUAGAAAGAUCAGAUUUUAAAGGCAGUGAUUCUGAGCCCAGUACCAGUGCAAAGUGUAGCAAUGUCAAGGAAGUUCAUUUUUCUGAUAACCAUACCUUCAUUAGCAUGAGCAGACCAAGUUCCACACUAGGAGUAAAAGAGAAGAAUGUAACUAUAACUCCAGAUCUUGCUUCGCACAUUAUUCUUGAACAACGAGAGCUCUUUGAACCAAGCAAAGCCUCACAUGCAGAUCACCAUGUGAGAAAAUACCAUUCUCCCCCUCCUCAACAUCAGGAUUAUGUAGCUCCAAACCUUCCUUGUCGCAUUUUUCUUGAAAAACGAGAACUCUUUGAACAAAGCAAAGCCCCACAUUUAGAUCAUCAGAUGAGAGAAAACCACUCUCCCUUUCCUCAAGGUCAGGAUUAUAUAGCUUCAGAUCUUCCUUCUUCCAUUUUUCUUGAACAACGUCAGCUCUUUGAACAAAGCAAAACCCCAGAUGUAGAUCACAUGGGAAAAUACCAUUCCCCUCUUCCUCCAGGUCAGGAUUAUGUAGUAGAAAAGAAUAACCAACAUAAGUUUAAAUCAUACAUUUCCAAUAUGAUAAAUGUUGAAGCCAAGUUCGAUAACGUGGUCUCCCACUCAGCCCCAAAUCAGUGUACAUUAGUAACAUCUGCAUCUACUCCACCCUCAAAUAGAAAAGCACUUUCCUGUGUUCGUAUAACUCUUUAUCCCAAGACUCCUUCCAAGUUGGAUAGUGGAACCUUAGAUAAAAGAUUUCACUCACUGGAUCCUGCUUCUAAAACAAGGAUGAAUAGUGAGUUUAACUCUGACCUACAGACUAUAUCUUCAAGAUCAUUGGAACCAACCUCCAAAUUAUUGAGCAGUAAACCUGUAGCACAGAAUCAAGAAUCUUUAGGUUUUCUAGGACCUAAAUCUUCACCGGACUUCCAAGUUGUACAGUCUCCUCUUCCAGAUAGUAAUACUAUUUCUCAGGACUUGAAAAACAUACUUUUUCAGAAUAGCCAGAUAGUAACCUCAAGGCAAACACAAGUGAACAUUUCAGAUUUGGAAGGAUAUUCCAGUCCAGAAGGGACUCCAGUAUCUGCAGAUCGACCAUCAGAGGUGAUUAAGACCCCAUUUUCUGCCUUCCCUGGAAGAUUGUCAUCUGAUGCAGUCACUCAGAUAACAACAGAAAGUCCAGGAAAAACCAUGUUUUCAUCUGAGAUUUUUAUUAAUGCUGAUGAUCGUGGACUUGAAAUUCCAGAGCCCAGUGCCCAGAAGCUGGGCAAAGUUCCUACCACAUUUGCUUCAUCAUCUUCAGUCCAACAGAUUACUCGUCCUCAUGGCACAGAUGCCCAACCUUCACUGUUGGCAUAUAAGCCUCCUGGUAGUACGAAGAUGUACUAUGUUCCGCAAUUAAAACAAAUUCCUUCAUCUCUGGAUUCCAGAUCAGAUACCACCAUUGAGAGCUCACACUCAGGAUCCAAUGAUGCCAUUGCUCCAGACUUCCCGGCGGAGGUGCUAGGCACGAGGGAUGAUGACCUACCAGUCACUGAUAACAUUAAACAUAAAGAGGGGAUCUACAGUAAGAGGGUGGUGGCUAAGCCAACCUCGCCAAUGGGGGGAAAACCCCCUCAGAAAGAUAAUGCAGAUGCCCAAGUUCAAGUUUCCAUCAUUGGGGAUGAAGACGUCUCAGAUAAAAACCAGAAAAAGGAGAUCUACAAUAAAAAGGCAGUGACUAAGGCUGCCCAACCUGAAGAAAAAGAAUCCUUGCAGAAAACCACUGAAGGUUCCAGUGGUGCUGCUGAUGCAGAGCACUCAGCUCGACUACAAGACCUAAAGACUGAAAGUCUACCAGACACUAAAGCCAUUAAACAGAAAGAGGAGAUCCAUAGUAAGAGGACAGUUCCUAAGGAAUCCUGGACAAAAGAAAAAGAAUCCUUGCAGAUAGAUAUUGCAGAGUCCAGAUGUCAUUCAGAAUUUGAAAAUACUACCCAUUCUGUCUUCAGGUCAGCCAAGUUUUACUUUCAUCAUCCAGUGCACCUACCAAGUGAUCAAGAUUUUUGCCAUGAAUCCUUAGGGAGGAGUGUAUUCAUGAGACAUUCUUGGAAAGAUGUCUUUCAGCAUCAUCCAGACAAACAAAGAGAACACACUCGUCUUCCUUCCCCUCAUCAAAACGUGGAAAAGCCAAAGGCAGAUUAUACCAGAAUAGAGAGCCUCAGUAUCAAUGUAAACUUGGAAAAUGAAGUGAUGCAUACUGCUAAAAGUCGGGCUAGAGAUUAUCCAAAAAGUGACAAACAAAUUAAUGAUCAAAAAAAGGAUCAUAAGGUCACCCCAGAGCCAACAGCUCAGCACACUGUGAGUUUGAAUGAACUCUGGAACAAGUAUCAGGAACGACAGAGGCAACAGAAACCUCCUGAGUUCAGUGACAGGAAAGAACUAUCCUUGGUGGAGCGACUUGAUCGUUUGGCUAAACUUCUUCAGAAUCCCAUCACAUACUCUCUCCGGACCUCUGAAAGCACACAGGAUGACAGCAGAGGGGAACGAGAUGUUAAGGAAUGGAGUGGUAGACAGCAACAGCAGAAAAACAAGCUUCAGAAAAAGAAGCGGUAUAAGAGCCUAGAGAAAUUCCAUAAAACUGCAGGAGAGCUUAAAAAAAGCAAGGUGCUUUCUACUCAUCAAGCUGGGAAACCCAAUCAGAUUAAAAUUGAACAGAUUAAAUUUGAUAAGUACAUCCUGAGAAAACAGCCAGGUUUUCAUUAUAAAAACAACACUUCUUCAGAUUCUAGACCCUCAGAGGAGAGUGAGCUGCUCACAGACACCCCCACCAACAUCGUUUCCACCACCACUUCUCCUGUGGAAUCAGAUAUAUUGACCCAAACAGAUAGAGAGGUGGCUUUGCAUGAGAGGAGCAGCUCUAUUUCUACCAUUGACACAGCCCGACUGAUCCAGGCUUUUGGCCAGGAAAGAGUUUGUCUGUCACCCAGGCGAAUUAAAUUAUACAGCAGCCUCACCGACCAUCAGAGGAGAUACUUUGAGAGGCGGAACAAGAAGAACAAGAAAGCAUUGAAUACGGGUCAUCCCCAAAUGACUUCUGAGCACACCAGAAGGAAACACAUCCAGGUGGCAAACCAUGUGAUUUCUUCUGAUUCUGUUUCAUCUUCUACCAGUAGUUUCUGUAGCUCAAGCUCUACCCUUGGCAACAAGCAAAAUGUACAAAUGUUAAACAAGAGCAUACAAGCAGGUAACUUGGAGAUUGUGAACGGUGUCAGAAAACACACUCGAGAUGUUGGGAUGACUUUCCCAACUCCAAGUUCUAGCGAGGCUAGAAUAGAAGAGGACAGUGAUGUGACUUCUUGGUCAGAAGAAAAAAUAGAAGAGAAAAGACUUCUCGCCAGCUAUCUUGGGGAUAAAAAGUUAAGGAAGAACAGGCACAGUUGCUGUGAAGGGGUUUCAUGGUUUGUUCCCGUGGAAAAUGUAAAGUCUGGUCCUAAGGAAAACCUGCCCAAGCAUCAUGGCCCUGGUAUCUGCUGGUUUGCACCAAUAACCAACACCAAACCGUGGAGGGAACCGCUGCGGGAACAGAACCGGCAGGGACAGCACGAGGACAACCGCGGGUCACUAGCAAGCCCAGGGAGAGGCCCACUGAAGCCGUUUGUGAGAGCAACCCUACAGGAAUCCCUUCAGUUUCACAGACCUGACUUCAUCUCCCGCUCUGGGGAGCGAAUAAAGCGUCUGAAGCUAAUAGUCCAGGAGAGGAAGCUGCAGAACAUUUUGCAGAGUGAGCGGGAGGCCCUGUUCAACACUGCGGGAGAGCAGCAGGGCUCCCGGGACCCCACGCGCCCGCUCCUGAAGAGAGGCUUCCUGGAUGCCCGGAAGAACAGGCCUGUUGGGAAGAAGGAAAUGAUUCAGAGGUCUAAACGGAUUUAUGAGCAGCUUCCAGAAGUUCAGAGAAAGAGAGACGAGGAGAAGAGGAGACUGGAAUAUAAGUCAUACCGGCUGCGAGCUCAGCUAUUCAAGAAGAAAGUGACCAAUCAGCUCUUGGGGAGAAAAGUACCCUGGAACUGAUACAAGAUUAUUUUCCUCACAGUCUUGGAAUUAUAUUUUAUCAACCUGAAGAAGCACAAUCCUUACUUUUAUGAGUCUGGUUUAAUAAAACUUAACUCUUUGUCUACGUUUAAUUUAGAAAUAGUAAGUCAGUAGUCUGAGGCAGAGUGGUGAUUAGGAUUAUUUAUGGUUUGGGAGCAAUACUUUCUCCACAGUGGCCUUGCCCACAGGAAUGUUUGUCACAAUGAUAUCAUUUCUGAAGUCUAGCCAUGAGUGAGUCCCUUUCUGUAUGUGUUUUUAUACUUUUAGAAAAUAAAUAACUUCUGAUUGAUUCAU